UUGUUUCAAACCUCCCGAACCACCCAUUUCAAGGUGUUACAACAUUUUUGGGACACCCUCAUCAAAUGCACUAUGAUUCAACGAGACAGUUCAAAAGCGUCCCAUAAAAAUGACCGACACAGAAUUCACCGACACCGAUAUUGACAAAUUUGAAAAAUUUUUGAAGAAAUACAAAGCGUUUAAUUUAAAGAUUUAUCUAUUAUUAUGGAUAUACUGCGGAUCUUCAUGCAUUUAUAGGAAAUUUGAAUGUGCAAGAACCUACAAAAUGAAAACAACCUGCAAAGAUAUAAAAAAUAUUGAAAGUAAAGUUCAUGUUAUAAUAUUUGCAGAAUAAAAUAAAUUCCUAUUUAGGUUCAAUUUUUGUAGGCACGUUCGCGAAGAUUUUAUUUUGCAUAAAGAUCCGCAGUCUAAUUAUAAGUAUUAGUAUCCAUGCAGUUAAUAUUGGUUUUGAUAAGAUUUGCAUCGAUAAAGUGUACGUUGAUAAAGUGUACGUCGAUAAAGUGUACGUCGAUAAAGUGUACGUCGAUAAAAUCUGCGUCGAUAAAGUCUAUGUCAGUCAUUUUCAUGGGACCCCAGCUAGAUCUUGUUCAAAUGAGGCGAUUUACGCGCGACUCGAGACAGGUAGAGCAUUUACUUAAUAUUCAGAUAGUGUUGGACGAAGUUAUCACGUGACCAAGUAUUACCCCUUCUCACUGCAACUAUCGCGCGACUGCUGGACGCAGCGAUUGUUGUGUCUCUAGUAUAUCGACUCGCACGCUGGCAGUCGAGUCGUGUAUAAGUCGUGAGAUUUGAGGUUCUGGCUACACACGCAACUGUCGCACGACUGCAAUUAUGGGCCUCUAGUACCUCAAAGUAGCGCGCGUAAAUCGCCUACUGGUGGUAUGCGACUACUCUCUGACAAAAAAAUCGAGCAAUUACUUAUAAGUCGUAUCGAAAAAGUGGAAUCGUGUAGUUCCGUUUGUUGUGACUAUAAUGGCGUCUUUAAUGACGAUAAAUAAUGUGGAUACAUUUAUCGAGUUAAUAAAACAGCGACCUUUGUUAUAUAUGAAGGAUUCAAAAGAGUAUACAGAUAUAAAUCUAAAAAAGAAAUUAUGGGAGGAGGUGUGUACUGAAAUAGUUCCUAACUGGACAGAACUUAGCGCAGAGAAUAAAAUGAAAUAUGGACUAGAAGUGCAGAAAAAGUGGAUGAACCUGAGGUCUUGUUUUACCAGAGAAUUAAAAUUGCAGAAGACAGAUAAAUCAGGGAGAAUCUCAAAUAGACGACGGAAAUACAUGUACUAUGACCAACUACUCUUUCUUUUGCCAUCCAUAAAACACAGAACUAUCGAACACAACGUGGAUUCUCAAAUUAUUGUGGAUGAAGAAUUUGAAAGUCAAGAUUCUGGGAGCCAAGAGUCCAAUGUUUGUUCGAAACCUUCUACGUCGCAGUACAAGAAUGGCUCCAUUAAUCUAAAGAAGAAGAAGAGCACGAAUUUCGAGGAAGCACUACUUAAUAUUUUACAGAAAGAAGUGGACGAGGAUACUAAUUUUGUCCUUUCCCUUGUUCCAACAUUGCGAUCAUUAACAGAAGAUGAAAAAUUUCAAGCAAAAAUACAAAUCCUUGAUGUAUUCAGGCAAAUAAAACGGAAUAGAGCCACGAAGCAAUUUUCACCUGAUUCCAACAAUAUUUCGCACAACUUCUCACAAGAACAGAAUAUUCCGACACCAUUACUCCACAUAAGUCUUCCAUACACUUCUCAAGUAGUAAUUCCUGAAAAUGCACAAAAUAAUCCAUCCUCCCCACCAAUUGUGAGCAAACAUCAUUUAAAUGGAACUUGUUCAGAUAUCCCCGAAAAUACUGAACAAUCUUGCUUCAUUGAUUUUCCGGACAAAUCUCCGAAAACUGAAACACCAUCUCCGUGAUAUACAAUAUUUUGACCACAACAAAACACAGAUGGAAAUGAUUUUUAACAUAGCAUUCCAUCUGUUUCACUUAAGAUGUUUGUUUUCUAUAUAAUUUGUAUAUACACGAAUAUCGUAUAUUCGUGGUAAAGUUUUUACAAAGCGAUGAAAAAAUAAACGAGGCCGAUAUGAAAUAAAAAUCGACACUCUCCAAUCCUAUGUUACGCUGCAACUAAGUUAAAGGGGUAUUCUUAUUUUUUUACCAGUUUCGAUUUUUGAUUUUUUUACUACAAAAAUGUUUGAUAAUAUAUUUUAUUUAAAGCAUAGCAACAGCAUAGAGUAUAUAGAAUAUAUGCUGUCUCACUAUAUUGAUUACUCACUAUAUUGUAUAUUUUUUAAUUCUAAAAGGUAUUGUGCUCGUAAAUAACGGUAAUUUUUAGAUAAAAGCAAACGUACACAUAUGUAUCAAUAUCCUUCAACAGGUUAAUACAAUCCAAUGAAAAUAGUUUAAA